UAAAUCCACUAGAGCUCUGAAUGAUCGGACUUCUCCUGUAGGUUCACACACCAGAGCUGUGUGCUUGGAGGCUCUAUACACAGAGGUGAUGGUCAUAAAUAAGCACAACAGGGCUUAUAAUGAGACUCACCAUGAAUUUCUGAAGAUUGGAAGGACUCAUGCAAAGCUGUUGGAGGAGCACACAAAAAUGAUAUGUGAGCAAAUCUGGGCUGGGCAGCUUUUCAGAAGGAGUCCUGGAAGUAAGAUUAUCCCCAAAAUUGUGGUGGUCAGUGGAGUGGCUGGAAUAGGAAAGACCACCAUGGUUCAGAAGAUCAUGUUUGACUGGGCUACAGGCACUCAUUACCAGAGGUUUGCAUUUGUGUUCCAGUUUAAAUUCAGGGAGCUCAACCUCCUGGGCAAUGAGAAGGAGCCACAGAUGUCUCUGACCAGGAUGAUUGUGAGGCACUAUAAAUAUCUCAAUGAUCUGAGAUUGGGAGAAAUCCUGAAGAAACCGGAAUCUCUGCUCUUUAUAUUCGAUGGCUUGGAUGAAUACAAACAAAAACUGGAUUUCACACAAAGGCGGCUGUGUUCAAACUUUGAUGACUACUUUCCUGUCCACAUCCUUGUCUCCAGCCUAGUUAAAGGGACUUUACUGAAAGGCUGUUCAGUUUUGAUCACAACUCGACCGACAGCCCUGGAGUCCCUUGACCUGGAGAGAGUUGAUCAAUUUGCAGAAAUCCUGGGGUUCUUACCUGAACAAAGGCUGAUGUACUUCAGAAAGUUCUUUGGUGACAAUGAUUUGGCCACUGAGGUUUUUCAGUUUGUGCAGAAGAAUGACAUCCUCUACACCAUGUGCUUCAACCCCUCUUUUUGCUGGAUUAUCUGCUCUGUGCUCAAGAACCACUUUAUGACACCUGCAGAAGAGCGAGGAACUGCCCCCAGAACUGUCACUGAGCUGUUUGUGAUGUUCCUUCACAACAUCCUAACGAAGCACAGACAAGAAGUCGAGGACCAGCAGGGAAUUCUGGUCAAACUGGGAAAGAUGGCUUAUUAUGGGAUCACCAACAGGAUUCUGGUGUUUUAUGACAGGUCUGAGAUGUACACCUUUGGGCUACAGCCAAUCCUGUCCUCCUCAUCUUUACCUGAGUUCCUCAAAGAAAUCCUGCAAAGGGAAAGCAUUCUUGAGUCCACAAUGUACACAUUCUUCCACCUCACCCUGCAGGAGUUCAUGGCUGCCUGCUCCUUCUUCUUUGACCCAUCAGCAGAUGUUGAGGAGCUGCUGGUGAAGAUGGACUCUUGUGAAAAUGGGCGGUUUGAGAUUUUCAUUCAUUUCUUGGCCGGAUUGACAAAGCCAUCUGUGUUUAAAACAAUGGAGGACAUUAUAGGAGAGGUUGAGAGUAACACAGCUGUGCCGUUCCUGAAAUGGGUGAAGCAGAAAGCUGAACAGGCUCUAAGAAUUGGAGAUAAGAGUGAAGUUCUGCGAGUGUGUCAGUGGCUUUAUGAGUCUCAGAAUCAGAAGAUAAUCAAAGGCACCUUUGGAAAGGGGUUAAACAUGGACUUUACGAAAAUAACAUUGUGUCCUCUUGACUGUGCUGUGCUGGGCUCUGUCAUCAGCUUCUGUGGAGAACUUCAGAAUCUUGACUUGUCCAACACAUAUCUCACCCCAGAAUCCACCUGGAGACUGACACCUGGUCUUAGUUGUAGUAGAAAUGUUGUGCUGAACUCCUGUCACUUCACCUCUGGAUGUUGUGGCGCCCUCUCCUUGGUGCUCUCCACUAAACACUCUCGUCUGAUUCAUUUGGAGCUGUCAGACAAUAACCUGGAGGACUCAGGAGUGCAUCUGCUAUGUGAGGGGUUGAGGAACGCAAACUGUAAAUUAGAGACACUGGAGCUGUCAUCAUGUGGUCUUACCUCUAAAUGUUGCAAAGCUCUCUCGUCUGCUCUCUCUGCUGAACACUCGCAUCUGACUGGGCUGAGGCUUGAUAAAAAUAAACUGAAGGAUUCCGGAGUUCAUCUUCUUAAUGAAGGACUAAGGAACCCAAACUGCAGAUUGAAGAUACUGGGGCUGGACUCCUGUGGUCUCACCUCUGGAAAUUGUGAGGCUCUUGCCUUGGUUCUGUCUUCUGGAUGCUCACAACUGACUGUCCUGGAGUUGGGAGACAAUCAACUGAAGGACUCAGGAGUGCGUCUGCUGUGUGAAGGCCUUAGCAUCAAAAACUGUAAAUUAGAGAGACUGAGGCUAAAGGCAUGUGGCCUCACCUCUGGAUGCUGUCAGGCUCUCUCCUUUGCCCUCUCUUUUGAACACUCACACCUGUUUGAUGUGUGGCUAAAUGACAAUAAAUUGGGGGAUUCAGGGGUGCGUCUCCUAUGUGAGGGGCUAAGGAGCAAAAACUGUAAAUUAGAAACACUGAGGCUGUCUAAUUGUUAUCUCACCUCUGGAUGUGGUGUAGCUCUCUCCUCGGCUCUCUCCAGUGACCACUCACAUCUGACUGAACUGUGGCUGGGAGGCAAUAACCUGGGGGAUUCAGGAGUGCGCUUGCUAUAUGACGGCCUGAGGAACCCAAAUUGUAAAUUGCAGAAACUGAGUCUGAUGUCGUGUGGUCUCACGUCUGGAUGUUGUGCAGCCCUCUCCACGGCUCUCUCUGCUCAACACUCAAGUCUGACUUCUCUGGAGCUGGGAGACAACAAGCUGAAAGAUUCAGGAGUACGUCUGCUAUGUGAGGGGCUGAGGAGCAGAAACUGCAAAUUAAAGGGCCUGGUGAUGGAGGACUGUGCUCUCACCUCUGGGUGUUGUGUAGCUCUCUCCUCAGUUCUGGCUGCUCAACACUCGAAGCUGAAGGAGUUGGAACUGGGAGGUAAUAAUCUCAAGGAUUCAGGAGUGCGUCUGCUGUGUGAGGGGCUGAGAAACCCAAACUGUAAAUUAGAGAAACUGGGGGUGGCAGGUAAUACAAUCAGUGAGGAUGAGAAGAGAAAAUUGGAAUUACUAGAGAAGGAGCUGAACAGAUCAGGAUGCCAGAUGAAAAUAACUACACAAGAAUCUCAGUAACAAGGUGUUCGGCUACAAUGCUUCACAAGAAAGUGUACUUUUUUGUCUCCUAAGCACAAUUAAAUAAGAGAAGUGGAUCAAAAAAAUGGAUAGGGAUCUAUUCUAAGCACAAUGUAGCUGCUUGUGUGCUCACCUCUGACUCUUUGUGUGACCAAAGUGAGUCAUUGCACCUUUUGGCACUGAUACUGCG